AUGGAGAGCCCCUCGCCGACGUACACCGAGUUCAGUGUCGGGAGCGUCCGGACGGACUACACUGACUCGAGCCAAGGGCUGCGCUCGCCGCUCGAUGAGGCGUUUGACAGCGUGAAGCCUUUCUUCGCCCAGUAUUACAACCUGAAGAACGAGGGCGCGGGUGACUUUGCCCCAGCUCCCUCCUACGGUCCGGGCUUCCAGCGUAGCUUCAGUGGGUCGAUGUAUGGACACUACCAGCCCUACGAAAGCACACAGACUUCGAGCUCGCCGUGGCCUGCCCAGAACACCUUCCACGCACAGCAGCAACAGGCCCACUACUCCUCCUCGCUCCCCCACGCCCACCAAUACCAGCACUCCUCCCAUGGGCUCCACCACUCCGCCUCGAUGCAGCACCUGUCAGCGCCACAGCCGUCUUCCCCCGUGAUUGCGCGGGCGCACUCCCAGAGCGUGUCUUACCACCAACAUGUGGACCCCCGCUUUGUCUUCCAAACCGCGCACCAAGGCUCGCCCAUAUCGUCUCCGCCGCGGAGCCCCAGCGUGGGUCCCCGCAGUGGGUCUCACUCGCCACUGCUUGUCGACAACAUGCUGGGGCUGCACGCUGCGGGGCCGAGCACAGCAGCUACCUCUGUUGACGAGGGCAGCGACGCGGAUGGAAGCGGCAGUGCGGAGGUUGACGGCGACAGCGAGUAUGUUGACAACGGCAGCGACCGUGAUUCGGACGGGGAUUUCAUUCCAGGUGGUAGCUCCCGCCGCCGCGCCCGUUAUGCACCCUAUGCGCCAACGUACCCUGGCCCUAGCUAUCCCUACGACUAUGCAUACUCGGGAGGCAUGUCCGAUCUCGGUUACUCCCCCACAUCCCCGUAUCCGCCAACCUCCCCGCUCGACGGGCCCGACAUGCGGCGCACUAGGGCACGGCCGAGCAGCGGGCUGCCGCCUCCGAUCCCGGUUCCGAACCUGACAAAGAAGAGCCGCGGACGGCGUGUGCCAACCGUUCAGACGCUGUCCGCCGGCGGGCGCGGUGCGGGGAAGAACGCUGUGGCGCGGAUGUACACGUGUAAGGUGGCGGGCUGCGGGAAGUGCUUUGCCCGCGGGGAGCACCUGAAGCGGCACGUGCGCAGCAUUCACACGCACGAAAAGCCGCACCGCUGCCCGUACCCCGGUUGCGGGAAGGACUUCUCGCGGAACGACAACCUGGGGCAGCAUAUGCGCGUGCACAAAGAUUUCGACGGCGCGCGCUGCUAG